GGACACGGGUCGUCAGUGCCUGGCUAAUUUAGGGACAACACGGGAGGCUUGUGCUGAAGGAAAGGAAGCUGGGCAUCCCCCGUACUGCCAUGCUGUGCUAUGUGACGAGGCCGGAUGCGGUGGUUAUGGAGGUAGAAGUGGAUCCGAAGGCGAAUGGAGAAGACUGUCUCAAUCAGGUUUGCAAAAGGUUAGGGAUUAUUGAAGCAGAUUACUUUGGACUGCAGUUUAUUGGUAACAAAGGAGAAAAUCUAUGGCUGAAUCUAAGAAACCGAAUAUCACAGCAGAUGGAUGGUCUGGAGCCUUUCAGAUUGAAGCUAAAAGUGAAGUUCUUUGUGGAGCCACAUCUAAUCUUGCAGGAACAGACAAGGCACAUGUUUUUCUUGCAUAUAAAGGAAGAUUUGUUGGCAGGUCGUCUGCAGUGUUCUCCAGAGCAGGCAGUGGAGCUGAGUGCCCUUCUGGCCCAGAUGGAAUUUGGAGAUUACAGUGUGAAUACUGCUUCUUACAUCUUCCAGGAAUUUUGCUCAAAUGAACUUGACACUGCUGCAUUGGAAAGUAUUAUAGCAAAGCACAAGAAUUUGGAAGGGUUAAGCCAAGCAUCAGGAGAAUAUCAGUUUCUUCAGAUUGUAUCUACACUGGAAAACUAUGGCGUAGAAUGGCAUUCUGUGCGAGAUGCAGAUGGACAGAAGCUAAUUGUUGGCAUAGGCCCAGAAGGCAUCUCUCUUUGCAAAGAAGACUUCAGUCCCAUUAAUAGGAUUAUGUAUCCUGUCAUUCAAAUGGCAACUCAGUCGGGAAAGAAUGUCUACCUGACGAUUACAAAGGAGCCUGGAAAUAGUUUAGUUCUGCUCUUUAAAGUAGUCAGCACCAGAGCUGCCAGUGGGCUUUACAGAGCCAUUACAGAAACGCAUGCAUUCUACAGAUGUGACACCGUCACUAAUGCGGUUAUGAUGCAGUACAGUAGAGACCUUAAAGGACACUUGGCCUCUUUCUUCCUCAAUGAUAACAUCAACGUUGGAAAGAAAUACGUAUUUGACAUUAGAAGGACUUCAAAAGAGGUAUAUGACCAUGCAAGGAGAGCCCUGUACAAUGCUGGCAUUGUGGAUCUGGUCCAUGGGAGUGACUAUAGUGAGCCAAGUUCCCCUCUCAAGACAUCUGACAGUGAUAUGAACUGUAACAGCCGUGAGAGCCUCGGCUGUCCGCAAAGCAAGGCCCUGCAGGAAAAGCUGCGGAAGCUGAAAGAAGCCAUGCUGUGCAUGUUGUGUUGUGAAGAGGAAAUUAAUUCUGCUUUCUGCCCAUGUGGGCAUAUGGUGUGCUGUGAAGGAUGCGCUACCCAGCUACAGUCGUGUCCUGUGUGCAGAGCUUCAGUGGAACAUGUCCAACACGUGUUCUUGCCAACUCACGCAAGUCUGCUCAACCUGACUGUAAUCUGAGAAGGAGAACUCUUCGGACACUUUAUAGACUGUACCUAUGUAUAUUACUAGGACUACACUAAUGUGCUACAACCAUUGAUUUCUUUCUCCCCUUUCCUCUGACUAAAGAUUAUUGAUGGAAAAGCAGCCAAAUGGACAUCAAACCUGAAAGAAGAUCAAACACAAAGGUCUUGUGGUUCAAUAUGCCUUGAAAACUGUUUCAUUGAAUCAUGGAUAGAGGGGUGUGCAUGUGUUGUGUAUUUAGUAUUUUCUUUUAAUAAUAUUUCCUUCCUGUAGUGUUUGGAAUUUGCCUUUUUAGAUUUUAUUAUAAACCAUUAUUGGCCCAAAACUAUUGAAGCCAAAAUACCUUCCAAAUACUUCAGGGGGAUUUCAGUGGAAGCACAGCCUGGAAGGCACUUGUUCAGUUAUGACUCCACAGUAGUUUUAGCUCGUUGUUUUAAUGUGUAUUGUUUUAGGUAUGUCUUAAUAUGUUUUAGCUGCAUAGUAUUUUUAGAAUUUGGUUCUUUCUUUUCAAAUACCGUAAGGCAAAUGCAGAUAUUACCUGGGGCAUUUUGCCCAUGGCUUGUUGAUCAGGAAAAAUCAAGUCAAGGCAAAAACAGGGACUGUCAUUAUUGGUAAUGUGUUGAUUUGAUGGCCCUUUCUGAGCAAUUUUCAUUGCUUGUAGUGGGAUACUGUUCUUGUGACAGAAAAAGGUAGAAAUCACCACAUGUGGCAUUGCCAUUAAAUAUAAAGUAUUUGGGGUGGGGGUUAUUCUCUUACAAUGCAUUUAUUUUAAAGGGCAUUAAACCCUCCCCAAAAUAUAAUGUGAAAUUCUCUAUUCUGAGCACCUUUGCAACUUUCUUAUCUUUUCUGUUUUCAUGAUGUUAGCAGAUUUACACUGCUUUUUCCACAGCAGCUCUGAGCUACCAUGUCAGCCAUCCAACUGCCAAGAGGUUAAUUGUCUGGUGCAGACAGCAUCUCUGAAUAAAAUCCAUUUAGAUUUUAGAGUUAAAAAGGAUUGAGAGAAACGGAGCCAGUCAUUGAACCCCUUGGCAGUUUUAACACCUUUAUCCCUUAGUUCAGAGCUGGAGAAAGCAUGUUGUUAGCUGUGUAAAACUCAUGAAAGCAUAAAAAUGAAUGUACAUUGCAGAAUUGCUCAGGAGACCACUCUAAGCAAUUUUAAAUUUUUGGGUGGGAUUAUAUAACCCUUUCCUGUUAUUACUUUAGUUAGUGUGUGUGUUUAGUGUUUUUUUAAUGUUCCCUGUUGGAUAUAAAGCAUUUGUAUAAAGCUUUCAAAGACCGGAGAUAUAUAUAGAUAGGUCAAAGACAAAAGUGUGGCGGCUUCAAAUACAACUCUGAUCUUGUAGAUAUAUUAGCCUCAUUUUUGGCCAGUUUGCUAGUACAAUCGGAUCAUUCCGUAUUUUCUUUCUAUCGUAGACACUUUUUACAGACCGAUUCAGAGCUCCAUACUAAAUUGUUCACGAGCUAUAUAUUUUUGUGUUCUUGUUUGUUUUGUAUGUGUCAUUUCCUUCUUCCUUGGGCAUUGUGGUCGACUAGAGUUCGGAGUCAUUUUGUAAUUCUUUGGAGAGACUGCUGCAAAACUGCAUUUAUCCAAAGAUAUGAAGAAAGCUGAUGGCACAAGCAGCAUGCUUUUUUCAGCUGGUGCAGAAAGUCUCAAAACUGCUUUGCCACAUUGCAUUCACUUGAAGUAGAAAUACCCGGCAGCGCAGUACUGGCACUUAUUAGCCCAAAAAUGCUCAGAGCGUCUUUGGGCCGAAAAUAUCAGUACUUGGUUGAAAGGCCCAAUCAGCUGUAUCCUGCCCUGCUGUUUAAAGAACCUAGGAGGCCAUUUUGAGUGCAAUAUCUGUUAAAAUAGCUGGGGGGGGGGUGAAUUACACUGUCACUUUAUGGAAAAUGUUCUUGCUAUACCUUUAUUAUGGCCUUAAUGUAGCAUUAAUGUGUUCUUUAUGCAUUUUGUUUCUUUGCACAGACAUUUUGUCAAAACAAAUGAAAAAUUUGCUCUACUUUUUUAUGGAACAUUGGCUUAUAGCUUCAGAUUACAAGAGGUAUUUAUUUUUUCACUAUGGAAAGUGGAUUUUGCACCCACAUUUUUCAGGAAAUAACUCCAAUGUUAGUGUGGUAUACAAUAUCUGUCUUUUUUUUUUAUAUUUCGUUUAAUAAAGGGUUUCUGAAAAGGA